AUGGACAUGAGAAUGAUUAAAAGAUUUGAAAUUAAAAACUUGGAUGUCCGGUUUGCAAACUAUUUUCCAACUGUUGCAUUUGAAAUUAAAUUGCCUCCAUGCAUUGGCCCCGUUGAGAAGGGGCAACGUAAAAUGAAACCCAAUGAAGGCGUUCAGAAGCCCAUUUAUGGAUUUGAACAGUCGUUUCUACACAAGUCUGGUGUUCAAAAUGUUGACAAGUCAUCUAUAAGCUCGUUGAUCAAGUCCAUCACAGCGGGGUCAAAGUUCCAGCACUCGAUAGAUGCAAAGGCAAGACGGAUUUCUGCGCAAGUUGAAGACUUGAAAAUGAGACUUAUAAACAUCAGGCAAACCCAGUGUCUCCACAAUGAUUCGACUGUGGAAGCAGCCAUAAAAAAGGCAACUGCAAAAAGCGAGUCUGUUCUGCAAUCAGAGACAUACUUUAUGCAUUUGGAUAUGGACGCGUUUUACGCCUCCAUUGAAGAGCUGCUUAACCCCGGUUUGGCUGCCAUUCCGAUGGCAGUUGGCCACCUAUCAAUGCUAUCCACAGCAAAUUAUGCUGCUCGCAAAUACGGAAUCGCUUCUGCAAUGCCUGGAUAUAUUGCAAUGCGACUAUGUCCGGAUCUGGUAAUCCUUCCUGUUCGCAUGAAGAUAUACGAAGCGUAUGGCAUGCGCAUAAGACAAAUUCUUCGAAGGUAUGAUCCUAAGCUUCGCUCGCAUUCAUUUGACGAAGCAUCCUUAAAUCUAUCGCAUCUGUUAAAAAAUUCCACCAUAGAAGACCGGAGUAGACUGGUCACUCAAAUUAGGGAGGAGAUUUUAUUGGAAACCGGCCUUGUCUCCUCUGCUGGUAUGGCUUACUGUAGGACCCUUGCAAAGAUCUCUUCAAAUGUAAAUAAACCAAAUGGGCAAUUCUUGCUGCCAUCGUCGCUUGAAUACAUUAAAGACUGGCUAUCAACACAGUCGAUAAGAAAACUUCCUGGCAUUGGCCCUGUUUCGGAGCAAAUUCUUGGCACCGCAUUUGAAAUCCGUACUUGUGGCGACAUUUUCCAAAACCGAUACAAGCUGGCCCUGAUAUAUGCUGAUGACCCGAACUAUUGGCAAGGACUUUUGUUUUCUGCUCUGGGACUGUAUUCGACUAGGAGUGAUGAUCAUGAUGAACAAGAUGGCUUUGAAGACGAUCAAGAGGAGGGUAAUUGUUUGGGGAUUCAGAAGAGCAUUAGUGUUGAUAGGUCCUUUCAGCCUACCACCGAUAUUUCUGUGUUGAGAAACACUUCAAUUGAAAUUUUAAAGGAGGUUAUUUUUGAUGCCCUCUCUCGAAUGCCUGCUAACAUGCUUUGUUGUACGCUAACACUUCGUAUCCCAGACGACAAGAGACCCUGUUCCAUUGGACGACUUAUCGAGCUCGUAUUCGAAGUUGGAACCUCUAUCUCAGCAGCUGUUGGAUUCAAUUUUGGGGCUUUAUCCACUCCGACUGAUCGGCUUUCGGCUUUCAAACUUUGCCACGCAGCCCCCUUUGGUGAUGAGAGUUGA